AUGGCCCAGGCGUCUCGCUCGAGUGGCCUCCUGCCCCCGCUCGCUACCGCGCCACCGUUGUGGGCUCAACCCGAGAGCGCCGGGGACGAGCAGUGGGAGAGAAGACGGCCGGAUGCUCUCCGCGGGGACGGUCGCGGCUGGCCGGGGCUAUCGUUUGCCGGGAGCCGGUGGUGGGCGGUGCCGGCUGACAGAGGUGAACGCCGAGGGGCAGCCGCUGCCACCUGGGGACUGGAGCCGGCCGCCGGCGGCCCGAUCCCUCCGGCGCUGCAGCGUCUCCGGGCCAUUCUGCUGCGGUUGCAUCGCGAGCGGGAGCAGCUUCUCCACGCCCGCGACUACGCCUGUCACCUCCAGGCGGUCGUGCGCUUCCUGAGGGUCCUGGGUCCCGGCGCGCCUUCCCCCUGCCCGGACCAGUUUCCCGACCUGUGUCGCGACCUGCUGCCGCACCGGCCCCGAAAGGCCGUCCCGAGAAUCGGCCUGCGGGUGGCUCCUGAGCCGCUACUGUUGGCGCGCCCGGUCGGACUAGCCGCCCAGCGCCUGGAUGCCACCAUUGAGAUGCAGCUUCGUGCUCUGGGCCGGGUGCCUGCCAGCCCGGGUGUGUCGUCUAAACUCGCCGACCUAUUGGGGGCACUUCCCACCUACCACCAACUGCAAAGGAAAGCCCUGAAUCGCGUCCCAGCGGCCGCGCGCCCGUUCCCUCCCACCCGUGUGCUCCGCCUCCUGACGGGGGAGCGGGGUUACCAGGUGGCAGGUCUUUUGGAGGAGCCACUCUGGGGAUCCGGUUUGCAGGACCAGCUCCGCAGGCGGUGCCAGGAAGAGCGCGAGCUGCUCCCGGGGCUCCUGGGUCUGUUGGGGGGAGUGGCGGCUUCAGCCAGCGGCGGACUGGGGCUUGGAGGGGCUGGAGCCCUGUGGAGCCAAUAUUGGACCCUGCUGUGGGCAGCCUGUGCUCAGAGACUGGUCCUAAGUCUAAAGCCUUGGAGGGACCCCAGGACAGCCGCACAACAUCUGAAUCAGGCACUGGGUCAGGCAUCCCUGCCUCAGGAGUGUAAGAAGGAGCUGGCUUCUUUGUGUCACAGCCUGUUUCAUCAUUCUCUUAUCUGGAGUUGGGACCAAGGCUUCUGCCAGGCCUUGGGAUCUGCUGGUGGAGAGACGAGCAGCCUCCCCUCAUCCUCUCACACUGCUAAACUUUUGCAACAGCUCUUCCCUCCUCUCUUGGAUGCCCUUCGAGAAACCAGGUCAGGGCAAAUCCUCUGUCAGCCUACAGGUCCUACACCCCUUGCCCUGGGACUCUGUACUCUGCAGACCACCUUGCUCUGGUUUUGGGGCAGAGCUCAGCAGCAUCUGGCAUUGUGGGCCCCUGGCUCCUUCCUGCUCCUAACCCAGAAGGACUUACCUCCUCUAUUGCAUGAGGCAGAAGUUCUGUCAAGCUUGGCCUCAGAGGAAGGCUUGGUCCCAGAUGUGGAGCAGCAGCUGGGCUUGGAGAUACAGAAGCUGACCACACAGUUCCAGCUGCUUCCUGAAGAGUCACUACAUCUCUUUUCUCAAGAAUGUCAUAAACAAGCCACACAUGGCUUUGAAAUCUACAUGCCUCAGGGUCGGUAUUGGCGGCGUCAUCUCUGUCCUGAACUGCCCAGCGUUCCUAGUGAAUAUGCUGGGUUGGUGAUUCGCACAGUACUGGAGCCUGUAUUGCAAGGAUUGCGGGGAUUGCCAUCGCAAGCUCAGGCCCCUGCCUUGGGCCAGGCGCUGACAGCCAUCUUGGGGGCUUGGCUUGAUCACAUCCUCAAACAUGGGAUCCGGUUCAGCCUGCAGGGGGCACUGCAGCUCAGACAAGACUUCGGAGUGGUCCGCGAGUUGCUAGAAGAGGAGCAGUGGGAAUUAUGCCCUGAACUUCGCCAGACUCUGCUCAUGCUCAGCAUCUUCCAGAGGUUGGAUGGGGCCCUGCUGUGUCUAUUGCAGCAGCCCCUGCCCAAGACUCGAGGCCAGAGGAGGUCGUGUUGCUGUGCAUGUCAUGAGGUCCAAACCACGGAAUUUCCCAGCAGCAACCUCAGCAGCCUGGAGAACUUGGAGCCCCCUCUCCGAUCUAGAGCACACCCAACCCAGACAGCUCAGUUGCUAAGUACACUAUGGGGAGAAGGACCUAGCCCAGAGGCUUACCUAGUGGGAAAUCAGCAAGCUUGGCUCGCCUUGAGACAAUACCAGCACUCCCGUUGGUACUUGCCUUUCCUUUUCUGCUUGGGACUUAGUCCUGAAUCCUGAAGAGCAGCCAGAAAGUAAGAGCUUCCUAUCUUUGGCUGGAAAAGCCCAGACCUUUGGAAGUGCAUUGGGAGUUUGGAAGAAAGCAUACCUGAGACUGACAGAGAGCCUGCACUUACAAACUAAGAAUCCAUGCCAGCCUGGAACCCAGAGGUCAGCAUACAUCGGAGGCUUACUGUUAGUUCCUUAUCAGCCUUUGUGCUAGAGGCUGGGGGAGGGAUAUAGUGUCAGAGUCUUAGGAAAAGGGGAGGAGGAAAAGCAGUAGAAAGCAGAGGGCCUAGAUGCUUCUCUUCUUAAGACCCAGGAACGAGGCAAAACACCUGGUUAAUUUGUCAGGAACCAUAUAAGUGAAAUAGGCAUUUCUAUACCUGGAUCAGUCCCCAGGGCUGUCUCCCUCCCCUCUACUA